AUGAAUGACUCGGAGCACGUGAAAUUAUGGAUGUUCAUCUCGAGGUGCCAGUUCUGGAUCAUCCUCUGCACAGUGCUCAUUUCGCUCUUGCUCGUCGCCCGAGCCUUUUUCAAUCUGCUAAAACGGAAACGCUCCAAUUACUUUGUGUUCCUGACGAGUAUCAUUGUCGCAAACGUCAUCACACUCCUCAUUAUUCUCUUUGACAUCUUCAAUUUCUCGUUCAAAGGUCAGCCCGUCCCCCGGGAGUCCUUCCCUCUCAUUUCGUUUCCACGUUUUCAGGCACUCUCGUGUGCAAACUGGAGCUGUUCUUCUCGAACACUGCCGCCUGUUUCAUCAAUUGGAUAUGGCUCUGUCUGUUCACUCAGCGCUUCUUCAUCCUUUUUUACCCAAUGAAACGCUCUUCGCGAGGCUUCUUCGGAUUUAUGCGAUCCGCGAAGAAACUGAUAUUUGCGACCGCCUGUUUCGCCCUUUUGACGCAGGUGCGCAUUAUCCGGAUGGAGACGAAUGAUCAUCGGCUUACUAGUACAAAGUUUUUGCAGAGUUGGUCUCUCAUAUUCAUAGAAGAAGUCACGAUGCUCACGGAGGAUGAUCAGUUGAUUGGGGUCUGCGAGAGGGACGUCGACAUCAUGAGGUUGAUCUCUGAAAUGAUGAAUAACAGGAACCAAUCAGAGACAUUUCAGCGACUUUGGCUACCGAAUUCUGGCAAUCGGAGAGGCAUUCAUCACUUACGCAUUCCCGUUUUUACUUACAAUUGUAAUGGACAUUGCGGUCCUUUAUCAGUCAGCCAACUCGAGGUUCCCGCCCUUUUCGGGACUUUCUCACGCUCUUUUCUUUUCUUUUCAGUUUCGUGGUAAUGACGGCCGAAAGCAUACGCACAGAGCACAGUACCCUGCUGAAAGUGAACGAAACCGUCAAAAUCCAGUCGUCUCAGUCCAUCAAACAAUCGAAUCGUCGUCGGCAUCAGGCAGUCAGACGGUGUCUGAUGAUGGCCACGAUUCAAGUGUCCCUCAACGCUCCCUACUACACCCUCCAACUGUGCGACGAGAUCUUCAGCCUCCGUACUUCCACAAACAUCUAUCUGUACCUCGACGCCAUCUUGUACUUCAUCUACCUCACUCAGUUCUCCAUGAUCUUCUUCUACACCAAUCUAUUGGUUUCCCCAAGAGGAAAGAGCAGUCGGUACGUUCUUUUCACUUUAUAUACGUUGAAUAAUUUCCGAUUUCAGUCAGCCGAACAAGAUGCCGCUGAGCUACACGAACAGUCUCCGAAGUGAACUCACUACUAUCUGA